GCUGAGCUGGCCCCAGGGCAGCCCCGAGAUGAAUUUACGUGUGGGUGUGGGGCAAUUUGGGUGGGAACGACCUGGAGGCUACCACCUCGCCUUCCUGCGCCUCGCUGCUGGUGGGGUGUGUGCAGAAAGAGCAGAAAUAAAUAGGAGGCUCCCUCCUCCCAGCGACACUCAGGGAUCCGGAGGCCGCCGCCCUGGGUGUUUGCCUGCCCUGUAGCCAGGGUUCCAGCCGGAGGAGUAGUUUCGUUUCCUUCUGGCUCCCAGGAUUAGUUGCCAGGCACCUCCUUGGACGCCCGUGUGGCCUGGAAAAAAGGCUCAGAAGGAGGCGGGAGGCUCGUCCAGGGGCUGCCCGCCCCGCAGCGCGGGUUUGAUGGACCUGACCGCCCCGGGCAGCGGCGCGGGCUCCCUGCCGCUGCUCCUGGCCCUGGGUUUAGUGAUCCUCCACUGUGUGGUGGCAGAUGGGAACUCAACCAGAAGUCCUGAGAAUGAUGGCCUUCUCUGUGGAGAUGCCAGAGAAGAUUGUGCAGUUACCACCACACAGUCAAAGUGGAAUGAUUACUUCUCUCCAUGCCCCAAGAAAUAUGAGCAUUACUGCAUCAAUGGGAAAUGUCGCUUCGUGGGUGCCCUGCAGACACCCUCCUGCCUCUGUGAUGAUGGCUAUGCUGGGGCAAGAUGUGAGAGAGUUGACUUUUUUUACCUGAGAGGAGACACAGGACGGAUUCUGGUGAUUUGUUUGGCGGCAGUUAUGGUGACAUUGAUCAUUUUGGUGAUUGGUGUCUGCACAUGCUGUCAUCCCCUUCGAAGGAAAAAGAAAGAAGAUAUGCCAAAUCUUGAUAAAGAUAUAACUCCUGUAAAUGAAGAUAUUCAAGAAACUAGUAUUGUUUAACGUCUCUGAAGGUACCUCCAGGAUGGUCGCAAGCUACAAAAUGCCAGGCUCAACUGAAAAUGACAGAAUGUGUCUCAGGAAAACAGCUAACAAAAUGAAUUUUAAAGCAUGUAUUUACCUUUGUAACAGUUCUUGUUGUUUACUAUUGUUUUUGUUAUAAUAAUAAAUUUUAUUAUUGUUUAAUAAUUGGGAAAAAGUACCCAGUUAAGAAGGGAAUAUUAUUAAACUUCCACUUAAGCUUUGUCACCAGGAUUACUAGUUAUAUAAG